AUGCCGGACCUCAACUCAGUGCCCCCGUCGCCACGGCUCCUGGACACGACCCGUCGUCACUCCUCGUCCCAGCAGCUACCAUCACCUUCGCUGUCUGGCCCGUCUUCGCCUUCGCUGAAUAUCCUCCCGUCGAACCAGAAUGCCGUGAACUCGAGACCUUCAUCGUCAUCCACGACGGCGGCAGCAGCGGCAGCGGCAGCGACGACGACGACGACGUCGACAUCAGCCCAGCAUCAGCAGCCGUACCACCACCACCAGCACUCCUCGGUUCGAGAUGGAAACUCAGUCAUCGAGUCGGGUCCGGGACCUCUACGGCACCCGCGUCCCCUCACCGCCUCGGAACUGCACAUCCAGCUCGAGAAGGAGCAAGAAGCAAUUGUGAACCGGCUGACGCGGGAUCUCUCCCUCCUGCGGGCGGCCCACAACGCCUCGGUGGCGUCGAACCACUCGUCCACCUCGACGGCGACGACGUCGACGCACGAUGCCGUCAACGAGUCCUCCCUCCUGUCCGGCUCGGCCUUCACCAUCCCCACCUCGCGCCGCCACCGCCGCAACUCGUCCACCACAUCCCAGGCGUUCGCCGCCUCCGACCCGCGCCACCCGAUACGGUCCGCGCAGCCGACGCCCAUGUCCCGCCAGGGCAGCGCCGCCUCCCGCCGCAGCCGGGCCGAGUCUCCCGCUCCCGGCUCCGUCCCCGACUCCUCCGUGAGCGGCAGCUACCCCCAGCAGCAGAGGAUGCCACCCUCCUCGUAUAUCCACGUCGGGGCCAGCGGUGGCGGCCAGCUGAGCCCCGGCCUCGUGCCCGCCACCGCCCGCUACGAGGAGACCGUGCAGUUCCGGAACGAGCUCGAGGCCGCCAAGAAGGAGAAUGAGGCCCUCAAGCGCCGCAUCAGGGAGCUGGAGAGGACCGUCCAGGAGCGCCGCGGGAGCACCAGCCGUGGCCGUCGCCCUAGGAGCGCGAGCAGCAGCACGGCCGCCAGCGUCAACGUCGCCGCCGCUGCGUCCGGAGGAACCAGCGUCGCCGGGCCCAGGGACGGAACGCCAACCGCUCAGCCGGCCUCUAGGGCUGGCGAGGGGGAGAUGUCCACGGCUACGCGUAGCGUGUCCACCGUCGGCGUCGGUGUGCCGGAGCGCGAGGUGCAGGUUGGCGAGAGUGCGGCCAGCACCAGACCUGCAGGGACCCGCGGGGACCAGUGA